UUCUGGAAAACUGCUUAUAACAGCUUAUGAGCUUUUAAGUUAAAAAGACAAUAAAGAUAAACUAUCAUUUCAAAAUUCAUGUUUAUCCUGGCCCUGAUUCAGAGGAGGAGCUGAUCCGGACCGUGGGGGUUCUGCGUGGUCGUUAGGACUGAGAGGAUGCUGACCCGAGCUGGGUGGAGAGUCUGCUGUGGGUCUGGAUCCUGAGCUCAGUGGUGUUGUGUCUCAUUUAUCCAUCUACACACACACACACCCCGCCCAUCUCCUUUCCUCUCCCGGUGCGUCUGUGCGCUCCGGACCAGGACCUCUUGGCUGUGAUCCACUUCAUGGGACCAGCUGCUGAACCGAACCUCAGUGAGCGGGUCUCUGUGUGGAGAGUGACCCAGCAACAGCUUCAGGGCUGAACUUUUUACAGACUCCGUGGCUUCAGUUCUGUUCCGUCAACCUUCAUCAUUUCACCCAAACUCCGGCAGCAGGACCGCCCGGCGCUCGCGCGGCUGGUCAGCAGGAAGCGGCUGGUGGCAGCGGGGGUCCUGGGGGUCGUUAUGGUUCUGGUUCUGGUCGUCCUCAUCCCGGUUUUGGUCAGCUCAGGGGGCGCAGCGCACUAUGAGAUGCUCGGAUCUUGUAGGAUGGUGUGCGACCCAUAUGGCACAAGAUCCCCGGGCAGCACCGUCACUCCGGACCCAGACCCGGACAGCAGCCUCGUGCAGUCAUUACCCACUUUUAUUCAAGGUCCGAGAGGAGAACCUGGUCGAACUGGAAAGGUGGGUCCAAGAGGAGCUCCAGGUCACCCGGGGCCACCCGGUCCAGCUGGACCACCUGGCGAGAGAGGGGAACCGGGCAGACACGGUUUACCCGGACCUCCGGGACCGAGCGCUGCUGCCGGUCCGAUCAGCGCAGCGACCUACAGCACCGUCCCAAAGAUCGCCUUUUACGCGGGACUCAAGAAGCAGCACGAGGGCUACGAGGUUCUGAAGUUCGAUGAUGUGGUGACCAACCUGGGGAACCACUACGACCCGACCACCGGGAAGUUCACCUGCUCAAUCCCCGGGAUCUACUUCUUCACCUAUCACGUCCUGAUGCGCGGAGGGGACGGGACCAGCAUGUGGGCCGACCUGUGCAAGAACAACCAGGUCCGGGCCAGCGCCAUAGCCCAGGAUGCAGACCAAAACUACGACUAUGCCAGUAACAGCGCUGUGCUUCACCUAGAGCCUGGAGAUGAGGUCUACAUCAAACUAGAUGGAGGCAAAGCUCAUGGAGGAAACAACAACAAGUACAGCACCUUCUCUGGGUUUGUUGUAUACGCUGACUAGAAGUGUCCGGACUAGUAAAAAAGUCAGUCCUUCUGCAAGCACUGUGGUCCCGUCUUCAUUCAAUCCUUGAAACCUGCCUGCACUAACGAUAUAUAUACCUGUGUAUUAGAACGUUUUACUGAUGAGGACAUUAUGAUAUGAAACUCUUUAAAUGAUUCAGAAUCAACAGCUGAAGGUGUGCCAGAACCUCAGAACAGAACCUUUCCUUUGAGGUAAAUCUCUCUGCUCGUAACAUAUUUAGCAAAAUCAGACCCAGACUCAGUCCUGCUGGUGUGUUUCUGGUUCUAGCCCUGGUGGCUCUCAGAAGCAUGACUCUGAAAACAUGUUGACAUGUGACCCAGUCUGACUAGUAGUGUGUGUAACAACCUGGUUCUCUGUCAGCUCAUACUUUGCUUAUAUAUAUAGCACAUUUUAAACAACAAAGUGGUGACCAGACAAGUGAAAAAUGCACCAUUAAUAAUUGCAAAUACCUCAAUAAAGAAACCAAAAUUAAUUAGCAAAAUAAUAAUAAUAAUGAUAAGAAAGAAAAUGCAAUGUAAAUUGGUUCUGACAGCCUAGUUCUUAGAGCCAGACUCAGAGGACUGUGUGGCUCUGAUCUAUCUACUGGAGUAAUUGAUAACAUGCUAUUGUUAUUAAUUUUAUUAAAUGUCAUUUAAUUUUAUGCUUUUAUUUGUUGUUCCAUACACAGUUAAAAUUUAUCCUGGGCUAGAAAGCAUGAUCUAUUACAUAAAGAUAGUUACUUGCCUUUGGCAACAAGCUACUAGGGGCCUUAUAAAAUAGCAGAAUUACAACCAGAAUUGACCUUUAACCAGUUAAAUGUGUCAAAAUGUGUGUUAUCGAAACAAAUUUUAGUCCAAACGUAUUUCAAAUAUGCUAGAUAGAUACAUGGGGUCUCCCUCUUUUAAAAUUGCAUGUCUCAUUAGGGUGACCAGUUGUCCCAUAUUCUGAUUGGUGUGCAUAAGUCAACAAUACCUUGCUCCCUGUGGCUGUAGAAAGCGGUGAAGCUCUCCUAGAGAUUAAUAGAUGUUCAUCAAACCAGACCCAAAUGGGGGGAGCAAGUGAACCUGUUGCUGUUUGGAUUCCAGUAGCUCCGCCCACCAGUGGAAAAUUGAUAAAUUCUUCAUGGAUAAAAUCAAUUCUAUGGCAAACAAAAUCAUUAGCAUCCUCUCUAAUGCGAUUUUUUUCUUCCUCAGUAAGUUAGGCAGCAUCAGAGGUAACUGUAGAACCUCAUCUGUGUGUAAACGGAACUGUAUUGGAAUGUUUACUUCGUGAAGUGCCUUGAGAUGACUCUUGUCGUGAUUUGGCGGUAUAUAAAUAAACUGGGUUGAAUUGAUAAAACCACUCAGUUGUGGAUUAAGUUAUAUAUUCAUAGAGAAGAAAAUUUAACUAUGGUACUUGGGGAAACCCAACAUGAAGGAAAGAAACCAGAAUAUGGAGGACCAGCAAAUUUAGUUUAACCGUAGAGCAGUUUUCAGUAGUCAGGAAGAAAGAUUUAAACAAGAACUGCCUCUGAGGCAAGAGGAAAUUAAUUUGGAGUUUAGUUUGUAUUACAAUUGACUUCUAGGUUUUGAUACAAUCAGAUCUCUUCAGUCAACACACUGGUUGUCCCCUAUUUUGUAGGUUUGGAUAUGGUCACCCUAUUGCACAUGUGAUGUGUGUGUAAACUAGUGACAGCAGCUGACAUGCAGAAACAUUAAGGAAAAUUGGGCAUUUGGACUUUUCUGACAAAACUAUCAAAGAUAAAAGACUUUUUCACUUCAGCUACUAAUGGUGCUCACAAAAGCACUUUUGUUAGAACAACUAUAACUACCUGCACCUGCUCUAACAGGUGUGCAGAAAAAAGUACCCCAAUGUGAAGAAUGUCAGGCAGAUAUCUAUAAUUAAAUUCUUUCAAAAACCAAUUACAUUUUAGAUAUUUAUAAUACAAACUAUUACUGGCAUCUCUAACAUAGUACAGAAACAGCAAACAACCCCAAAACAAAACACUUAUUUGUGCUAAAUGUCUGUAGCAGUACUCAGUAUUACAUACAAGGAAAUGUUAAAAACCAUUUAAGACUUGACAAACAACAACAAACAGAACUGGCCCUUUUAUCCGAAGCGACCUACAAAUGAGAACGUAACAAAACAGUUACCACUGAGGCAAACUAUAAACUGAGCGAAAUGGAAGUCUCACAGUACCUUACCUCUGUCAUGUUUUGAAUGGUGAACCCCCGGUCCAUCCUGGAGUUCUUGUACACAGUUUCAGCCAUUUGGCUAUGAUGUUUCAUGUAGGUUUUGUCAAUAUGGAUCUUACAUCUUGCAAGUCAACCUUGUGCUGGACUGUCUGCUCUAUGGGUCCUGUAUUUGAUCCGGCAUUGCUAUUUGUAUACGCAUCCUCUACACCCUCCUUUUUCUGUGUCCAGUUUCAGGUUACUGGAUUUUGCAGGAUCCCAAAGUACCUGUAACUGUCCUGAACAUCUGCAAUGUCACCUUCUGGUAGUUCAGCCCCUUCAGCUGCAAUCACAUUGCCUUUCUUUGAUGUCCUUCAAACACAAUUUUUCUAUCUUUUCUGUAAAGAGACUGAUCAUCACCUUGGGAUAUGCCACACCUGAUGCUAACCUGUGUUGUUGGCUUUGAAUUCGCCACCUGGGGUGUCUUUCACACUCAUAUUGAGUUCUUGAUGAAGGCUCUUAAUGUUCUGUUGAUGUUGUACAUCUCGUUUUGUGCAUGCAUGCUUACAUGUAUACAUACGUGCUUUAUUUUUGACAGUUCUUGCAGGGCAGAGUUCAGUCUGUCUGGUCUUAACCUCAUUAGGGUUAUGGUUCUGUCAACCAGCAGGUGGUGAUUGUCGCUUCUUAAUUUUUCUGCCAACUCCAUUCUGGUCCUCCUUAUGAAUUGAUCUACAGUAUGUGCCUUUUUAUCUUUGCAGCCAUGAUGGCUGACAGGAGCUUCCAUGUUGUACAGAGGCAUGUGAAUGCCUGGUAGUGUUGGAUGGCAUUGGCUUUUUCUGUUGGGCUCUCAAGAACAGGACUGUCCAGGUCAUUCUUUCUUUCCUUUUCUGUUCAACUCCCUCUCUGUCAUACCAAGACUACCCGUCUUAUUCACUUUAGGAAAAUUAAGGACAUUUAUCUGGACACUCUCUUGUCCCAACUCUUAUCCCUUAGCUUUUCUGAUAUACUUCCCUGUCCUGAUGAACUGACUGACCACUAUAACUCCAGUCUACUUAACAUCCUUGACACCUUGGCUCCAUUAAAAACCCCUUCUGUCAGUUUCUCUACUUCUGCCCCCGGUUCACCCCUGAUCUAAGGACUUUGAAAGCUGAAGGCCGACGGCUGGAGCUUCUCUACAGGAGAACGGGACUUUCUGUUCACAACGACAUGUGCACUGCCCACUUAACCCGCUACAAGGAUUCUAUCGCCUGCACUAAGUGAGCUUACUGCUCCGGUCUAAUCUACUCCCAACAGUGGAAAUUCUAAAACUAUUUUUUUCUCUCCUCCACCCCCCCCCCCCACACACACACACACACUCACACUUUUAUUCUACUGACACCUGCAACAGCAUUCUUUCCUUUUUUAAGCAGAAAAUAUACAAAAUCCACCCAACCUCCACUCACUUCCCUCUGAUGAUCUGACCUUCACCGAAUCAUUUUCCUGUUUUUCAGUACCUGACUCCUCCACUAUCUCAGACUUAAUUUGCAAAUCCAAGCCCUCCACCUGUCAGCUAGACCCACUCCCAUCCAUCCUGGUUAAAUCUUGCCUCCCAUCCUUGCUACCCUUGAUCUGCUCCAUCAUCCACGCCUCCCUCCAGACCGGAAUCGUACCCUCAGCCUUUAAAACCACAGCUGUCACUCCAUUUCUCAAAAAGCCUGGUUCAGAUCCUAACAAUUUCAAUAACCUCCGCCCCAUCUCCAACCUACCAUUCAUUUCCAAAAUUCUUGAGAAAGUUGUCGCCAACCAACUUCAUUUUCAUUUAUCCUGAAAUUAUCUAUAUGAAGUCUUCCAGUCCGGUUUUCACCCUCACCAUAGCACUGAGACAGCUCUGAUAAAAAUCACUGACGAGCUCCUUCUAGCUGCUGAUUCUGGCCAAAUCUCCAUUCUCAUCCUACUUGAUCUUAGCGCAGCAUUUGACACCAUUUCACAUACUGUCUUACUCCAUAGGCUCUCUGCAGUCGGCAUUUCCUAAAGUCCCCUAACCUGGUUCAAAUCAUAUUUAUCAAAUCGCACUCAAUUUGUCCAAUUAUGCACCUUCCGCUCCAACCCCUCCCCAGUCACAUCUGGUGUCCCUCAAGGCUCAGUCUUAGGCCCCCUUCUCUUCAUAAUUUACUUACUUCCACUCGGCAAUAUCUUCCGUAAAUUCAACAUUAAUUUCCACUGCUACGCCAACGAUACCCAGCUCUAUUUCUCUACCAAACUCAACACUCCACUCCCUCUUUCCUCUCUUCUCAGUUGUCUCUCUGAAGUGAAAUUCUGGUUCUCUUCCAACUUCCUUCAGCUUAACAGUGACAAGUCAGAAAUCCUCCUCACUGGCACCAAGAUCAGUUCAUUCUCACUUAGCUUCAAUAACACCACACUUUCCCCUACCAUUAAAGCCAAGAGCUUGGGCAUAUUUUGGAUAACACCUUAUCAAUCAUACCUCACAUCAACAAAAUUACAAAAACUGCUUACUUCUAUCUCCGCAAUGUCAGUCGACUCCGCCCCUCCCUCAGCCAACACUCUGCUGCUAUUUUGAUUCACAGUCUUGUCACCAGCCGCAUCGAGUACUGUAAUGCCCUCCACUCCGGUCUCCCUCUAGAGUCACUCAAUAAACUUCAGCUGGUCCAGAAUUCCGCCAGCCGUAUAAUCACCAAGACCUCCAUCUACGAUCACAUCUCUCCUGCUUUGCACCAACUUCACUGGCUCCCUGUUAAAUACCGAAUUGACUUUAAAAUUCUUCAGUACACUUUCAAAGCCAUCCACAAUCUCACUUCUCCAUAUAUUUCUAAUCUCAUCCAUGUCGUUACUCCCAUUCGCUCGCUUCGAUUAUCAUCCUCCGUUUCCUUAUCUGUUCCUGUAUUCGCCUCAGUAACACAGGAGCCAGAGCCUUCAGUUACUCAGCCCCUAAACUCUGGAACACUCUCCCGUCUGACAUCCGCAUUAUCAACUCAUUCUCAACCUUUAAGUCCCAACUCAAAACUCAUAUGUUCCACUCAGCUUAUCCACCAUAACUGUGCUCCUUCUUCUGCCCUUCUGUAGCCUAGCAACCAAAAUCCCCCAUUCCUGCAUUUUUAUUUAGUCUUAGCUCCUUUUUUUAUCUUCAUUAUUUUAUGUAUUUAUUUGUAUUGGUGUCUUUUCUUGUAUGUACCUGCACUUGUAAAGUGACCUCAAUAGUCUUGAAAGGCGCUUGAAAUAAAAUGUAUUAGUAUUAUUAUUAUUAUUAUUAUUAUCCACUCUGGAUAGAACUGUCUAUUCGUUGCUGAUUCAUCUGUGUUGUCAUGUGUUUAUGGGGAGCUGUCAGUUUCAGUGGCCAGUAGGUGCGGAUUAUGUCAGCACAUGGUGCAGUCCAACAUAUUCUUUUUGAGACUCUUUCUUGGAUCUACCACUGUGAUAUUUUGUGGUUUUGCUCUGAAAGAUUGCUUCAAUCAUCUUUUAGACCUUCCAGACAUGGAAGUGUUGCGUAAUGGCCCUAUUUACUACAUCCUUACUCACUGUUGAUCUUGGUGGGCCCAGGUGGACGUUAUUCCUUUACAACUUCCUGUUGAUUCUCUUGGUCUCAACGUCUCUCUUGAGUCACUUUAGGUGGAUAGCCAGAGCUGUGAGACAUUGCUUGAAAGUUUCAAAAGCCUCAGGUGUGAAAUUGUUAAGUUUAGCUUUCUUUAUAGCACCAUUCUGGUAUCCUAACAGCUGGCUGAUUCUUCUGUUUUGCCUUGAUCUUAACUUCAAGCCUCCUUCAUUGUGGACAAUGCUUGUUGAUCGUGGUCUUUAUCUUAGAGUUGAGCAAUGCAAGGAUAGCCACUGCUGCAGUUUAUACCAGCUUAGUUGUUUCAAUGAUUGUGUUAGUAUGACUUGUAAGUCGCUUUGGACAAAAGCAUCUGCUAAAUACAUAAACAUAAACAUAUGAGUCAGUCAUAGUCCUGCAUUUACAUACAUACAUAGACUUUCAGAUGGUACUUUAUUACUCAGCACAGUUGGUGUGUGUGUGUGUGCGUGCGUGUGUGUGUGCACGUGUGUAUCUGAAAUCAAGAUGUCUUGUAUAAACUCUCAGAUAUAGAGAAUAUUUAUUCUAGAUAACGUUUAUGUGGGGACCUAAAGUCCUGCUACACUAGUUUUCCUAUUACAAGGAAAAAUGUAAAUGUAGAUUGUUAGAGGAAAAGCCCCCACUAGGUAUCUAGAACACCGUUUUGUUUUGCUUGACUCAGAAGAGUUAUAUGAUGCAUAACUGCAGAAUAUAUUAAUACAUGUUACCACAUUUAUUCAAACAUUGUAAACAUUUAUUAUAUAUUGUGGAACCAAUAUUAAAUAAAUUAUUAUAGUAAUUUCUUACUAUCAAACAGAAACUCAAAUCUGCUGUAAAUCAAACAAAUGAACAUAAAACUUGAAAAACAUUGUUGGUAAGAUUUUGAGACUUCCAGGUAGUUGUAAACCACACGAGUAUUAGGUAAGAUUGUUAUAAUAAAAUCUGAUUCACAGGUUAAAUCAGUUCAUAUUAGUCAGCAGUUGUGCAUAACAAUAGUAAUGUAAGCAAAGUAACGGUGGCUAUGGAAAGUAUUCAGACCCCUGUCAAUGUUUCAUUAUAUUGCAGACAUUUGCUAAAAUCAAUUUAAUUCAUGUUUUCCUCAUUAAUGUACACAGAGCACCCCAUAUUGAAUGAAAAACACAGAAUUUUAGACAUUUAUGCAAAUUUAUUAAAACAGACAAACUGAAAUAUCACAUGGUCGUGAGUAUCUAAUCUCUUUGCUCAGUAUUUAGGAGCGGCUUGUUCAAAAAACGUAAUGAUCGCAGCUUCAGUCGCAAUAAACAUCAAGUUCUGUCCAAGGUAAAUGGCAGCGCAGGGACUGCCCUCAUACCCCCUUCAUACCGCCAUCGCCUAAUGUUUUGUAAAAAGGACACGAUUGCGCAACAUUACCACCACGGUCUGACCACUUAUAAACAACCUAAGGGUCCCUGAUGCCGCCACAGCUUUGCGGCAAAUUGACGGCAUUGUUUUGUAAGAACAGCUUAAUAUGCAUACAUCUUAACCUGUGCAUCUGAUUUUGUUGUAAAAUUAUCACAAAGGCCUGUCUUCAAUGAAAAAUGACACAGUGAGGACAUGGCUGCUUCACCCUGAAAUGACUAAAUCCAUGUUUGAACACAAGGAUGUCGUAUCGUUUAUGAUCUGUAUGUUCCUCUGAUAAAAAUUAGUCAUCUUAUAACGACAAACUCUUCCUGCUGCACAUAUCCAGAUCAAGUUCUUGAUGACUUUUUUUUUUUUGGCUGUUUGGUAUUUUAUCAGACUGUUUCCUUCUUUUACUUUGCACAUCUAGAGACUGUUGGAGUGUUUUGGAUCACUGGUUAAAGUCUGUUGUCAGAGCAAAAAUAAAAUCUGUUUCUCGCUGACUGGAUCCGUGUUGUGUUUAGUUUAGCAGCACACCUGUAACUGCGGUGAACGGACCCAUCCUAAAACUGUUUUUGUGUUUGUGGGGUGCUCACUGUACAUGUGGAUAUUUAUAACUUAAAAGAUGGUGUUGAACUGUAACGUUUCUAUGGUCAAAUAUUGUCAUCACAAUAAA